AUUUCUUUGUUCGAAUAACUUUAUUAUUCGAUACCAGUCGUUAAGUCUAACUAGAUCAUUUGAGUACCAAUCCAGAACUGCCAUUCAAGAGGGUUUAAGCUUAUAGAGGAGAUGUCAUCAAAGGACUUAAUGGAAGCUUUGCAUUUUGCUUGCACCUUGUCAUUUUGGAGAAUGACCUUUCUUUGGACAUACUCCCUUAUAAUCUCCUAUAUACAGCUGCUCACUCGAAGCAUGACCCAGAAAUCUACAUAUAAUCAUUGUGCCGUUUCACCUUUACCCCCAAUAACAUCAUCAGCAUCUGGCAGACGUCUACCAAUCUGCAUCAUCACUGGUGUAAGCACCUCUUUGGCUCAUCAUUGCUGGUCGGCUCUGGCUCUUUCAAGGGAAGGAUUCUGUGUGGUUCUUGCUGGAAGAUCCUCUCAUAAGUUAUCAAAGGUCAUGUCCAACAUCAGAAGUCAAAGUGAAGAGGUGCAGCUCAAAGCUUUUCAAGUUGACUUAUCAUCCUUAUCUUCAAUAAUGAGGUUUAAAGAAUCUCUUGACCAAUGGCUUUUGGACUCGGAUAUGCAUCCUUCAAUUCAACUCCUGAUAAAUAAUGCUGGGAUACUGGCAACAACAAGUAGACUCACUACCGAAGGCCAUGACCAGAUGAUGGGGACUAAUUACAUUGGAGCAUUCUCUCUUACAGAAGUUUUACUCCCACUUCUGAAGAAUAGUCCAGUUCCUUCACGCAUUAUUAAUCUCACGUCCUUUACACAUCGGAACGUAUCUGGCUUUCGGGCAGAGAAGGAGACUGUUUCCGGCAAGCGCUUUUCUAAACUUAAACAUUACCCUUGUGCUGAGAUCUAUGAGCUGUCCAAAUUAUGUAUGUUACUUUUCUCAUAUGAGCUCCAUCAACAACUUCACCUCGCAGAAGGAUCUCAAUCAAUCUCAGUAAUUGCUGUGGAUCCUGGAGCUGUGAAAACCGACAUCAUGCGAGAAGUACCAUGGUGCAUCUCACAGGUUGCUUUACUUGUCCUGGGGGUUCUAGGCCUUCUGCAGUCGCCUGAGGCUGGUGUCUCUUCGAUUCUUGAUGCAGCCUUAGCACCUCCAGAGACAUCAGGGUUAUACUUUUUUGGUGGGAAUGGUAGGACUGUCGACUCUUCUGCACUCUCUUAUGACCUCAAGCUUUCAAGGGAACUUUGGGCUACUUCUUGUCAUAUAUUCCAAGAUUCUCUUUCUGCUCAACCAGCUUGAUUCACAAAUCUAAACCCUUCAAUGUUUUUAGAAACAAAUUUCUCUCUGUUUAUGGGAUCAUAAUGUGUAAAUCGAUUAAAAAUAUGGUAGUAUCAAAAUGCAAUCAAGUUUACUUGAUUCUUGUUUAGUUUUUUUUUCCUCCAUAUUAGUGAAAA